GCCAUGAUCCGCCUCUACCCGAAGGUGGCGAGGAGCGAGGCCGCCUCCCGCGAGCUGCAGCAGCGGCUCGGGGAGGCGGAGAGCCGGAGCGCGGGCCGGCACGUCGAGCUGGCGCAGGCGGAGCAGCAGAUGCUGGGCCUGCGGCGGGAGCUGGAGGCGGUGGAGCACGAGAAGGCGGAUCUGCUCGCAAGGCUCGAGGAGUCGGCGCGGGCCACUGAGGCCCUCCGCGAGGCGGCGAGCUCGGCGCGCCGGGACAGCGAUGCCGCGCUCUCGCGGGUCAGCGGCCUGGAGGAGCGCAGCGCGGGCGAGCUGCGAGAGCUCGCGGUCGCGGAGGCGCGCAGCGCCGAGAUCUUCGAUGAGGCCAGCGCGUUCCGCGCGGAGACGGUGGAGAGGCAGAGCGAGCUGGAUGCCUCUGGCCAGCGCAUGGUGGAUCAGCACUCGAGGCUGGACGCCAACGCUCGCAGGAGCGCCACCGGGCAGCUCGAGUGGGAGGGCGUCGUGAAGGCCGCGAAGGACCAGCGCGAGCGCCUGAGCUGCCUGCAGGCGUCCGCGCGUCUGCACAGGUCCGCGACAGCCGCCGACGCGGCCCUCGCGGCGGAGCUGCGCGCGCACACCUCCGACGCCGAGGGCGAGGAGGAGCGCCUUCGGGCGGAGGCGGAGAGACUGCGCGGAUGGGACACCGAGUUCCUCAGCCUACGAGGCGAGCUGGACGAGGCCGAGCGGGCUGCCGCAGAGUUGGCGCGGCAAGCGGACUCGGCCGACGGUGAAGCGGUGCGCCUGCGUUCCGAGCUCGAGAGCAUGGAGCAUGGGCACGACAGCUUGGAGACCAGACUGGCAGCAGCCGCGGAGGACCACCAGCAGCUCGAGCUGGAGCUUGGCGAGUCCGAGGAGGCCGACCGUAGCGCCCGGUCCAAGCUGUGGGAGGCGGAGGAAGCCAGCGUCAUGAUGCGGGUGACGUUGACCAGGCUGGAGCAGGAGGAGCACGGCGCGAGGGCGGAGGCGCGAGCGAGCGAGGGCCGCCUCGCGGAGGCGCGGCCCGCCCUGGAGCAGCGGGGGGCGGCCCUCGAGAGGGAGUGCGCGGCCCUGAGGGUGCGGCUGGAGCUGUCGAGGCGCCAGGGCGACGCCCUCGGCCCCCAGAUCGACGGGCGCCGGGAGGCCGCCGACGCGCUGGCCCGCGAGAACGCGGAGCUGGAGGGGAGGCUGCAGGAGCUCCGGCAGAAGGGCGGCUGCGCCGUUUGCUGA